GAAGCACCAGCCUGCAAUUGGGACAUAUUGCCUACAGGCGAUGUUGCUGUGACAGUGGAUUUUUGGAAUAUCCAGGUUGCUGCCAUGUGUCCUAACGAGCACUUGCCUUAAGCAUAGACUUUGCUUUUGCCUCCUUCCCCCUAACUUUCGCAGUGGCAAUGAAAGGAAAGAAAACCAAGUGCCUUGCCCAGAGCCAUGCGUUGAAGGACCAAUUUGCUCCUAAGCAAAAGGCAAAACGAGUUAACCACAACCCAUGAAUAUCCACCCACCUUCACAUUCCUAGCCGGAGGGCGUUGUAUGGUGCCUCUCCCUAUCUUAACUAAAUUUAAAAGCCUGCUUCGAAGAAGCUCCCAGCCUGCCUGAAAUCCAACGCUGUCCCUGAGAUAGCUGUAGGAUCCACUCUGGAGUGGCUCAUGGUGUUCAAAAUGCCCCCGGAUGAGGGAGAGCCCCAUCCUUUUUUUGGCUGUUAUAGCCUCGCGUUCCCUUCUGUCAGCUGUGCUUUCUGUUUUGGGGUCAGGGACCCAGGCUGCAAUACCAGGGACUGAAUUUGCAGGUGGCUCUAUGAGCAUAUGUGCAGUUUGAUUUUACUUUAAAAAGAGGCAGUAUUUUCAGGAUGUGUCAGUGAGUCUGGGUUAGACCACGCUGCCUUCACCUCUUUCGUGCUAUGAGGCCACGCUGAGAGAGUUGGAGUUGUUCAGCCUGGGAGAAGAGAAGGAUCCAGGGAGAUCUUAGAGCGGCUUCCAGUGCUGAAAGGGGCUCCAGGAAAGCUGGGGAGGGACAUGGAGUGAUAGGAUGAGGGGGAAUGGCUUUAGAUUGGAAGGGGGAAGAUUUAGGUUAGACAUGAAUCCUCUGUGAUAAGGGUGGGGAGCACUGACCCAGGUUGCCCAGAGCAGUGGUAGUUGCCCCAUCCCUGGAGGGGUUCCAGGCCAGGUUGGACGGAACUUGGAGCCCCUGAUCCCAUGGGAGGUGUCCCUGCCCAUGGCAGGGGGUGGAACUGGAUGGGCUUUGAGGUCCCUUCCAACCCAACCCAUCCUAUGAUUCUAUGCUUGGGAUGUUGUUCUUUUUACCUUUGGAACAGAGGUGUGAUAAAAUAAGCAUUCUGAAAAUAACCCUCCAGUCUUAAACGUUCUUCAUGGCUUCUGGGAUCAGGGAACAGUCAAGUGAUGCCCAGAAAUGUUCCUCUGGAAACCUGCCCUGCCCUUUCAAGUGCUUCCACCACUUUACAACAUAUGCCUUGUAGCUUCAGUACUUUGCUUUAGGCACAAUCAGUGAGCAAGCUCAUCCCUGUGGAAGUCUAGGUGGAUUCAAGUUAAUUUGCAAAGCGGCGUUCAAAAUGUGACCAGCGGAGUAAUAGGGUGAGAGACUUAAACCUGAAUAUAGCUGCUAAUCCUGUUUAAUUCCUUUAAGCCUUGCAGACCUGUUCCACUUGCUGUGAGUUGGAUACACAGUGGUCUCUGUAAGGGAGAGACAGCAGAAAUGCAGUGGCAGCAGGAAUUAGCUGGGAGUGAGUCAAACCGGGGCUGGUUUGUUGAUCUGGGGAGAGGGAACUCCUCUGGAAAGCACUCAUGUGGGAGGAGGGCUGCUGCGCCAGGUAUCGCCAUCGAACCCGCAGUGACCGCAGAAACUCUUCCUCCCCAUUUUAUAAGGGGAAAUCUGAGUGUGCUAAAGAAGAAGUGGGAGAAUCCAGUGCUGGGAACAGGGGCUUGGAAGGAAACGCAACGCAGCAGCUGUGCUGAGGUUGGGCACAAAGCCGGUAGCUCCGCUUCAUCCCAGGACACAGAGCAGAGCCCAGAGGUCAGCGUCCCUUCGGGCACCUCUGUCCAACUGCAGUGUCCCGCGAGGGACAGCGGGAAGCUUCGAAGCCGUUCACCGGAGAGUGGCAGAAUGGAAAACGGUCCAAGAGAGGUGGAGAAGCCCGAAGUCAGCGAGAACACAGACUCUUCGGGGAAGAUUGAGAAAUACAACAUCCCGCUAAACAAGCUCAAGAUGAUGUUUGAAAGGGGCGAAGCCACUCCAAGCAAGCAGGUCCCCAGGGAGCAGAGGAAGGUAGCAGGCAGCUGGAGGAUUUCUGAAAAUAGCCUCUCUUCAGAGGACAUUGAUGUUGGCCAAGGAGAAAAGAGCCACGGCGCAUCAGGACAUCUUGUUGAUACCAGUCCAGCGCUCAGCCCAGAGAAGAUGGAGACCAAGAGAAGCUUGGACAUGCCUCGCUUAGCAGAAACUUCAAUAAAGGACAGGCUGGCAAAGUAUCAAGCAGCUGUGUCCAAGCAGGGCAGCUCCCCAGGUCUCACCGUCGUGAAUGAGAUUCAAGGCAGCGAGAGUGAACUCAAGCAUUACAGAUCUGAGCAGAAGGAGAACGUGCCACCAGGUCCUGAGGAUUCAGUUUCCCAUCAGCAUGGGGAGAAGGGUUCUGCAGGGGAGAACAGCUUGUCUUCCCACUCUGCUCUUCUGGAGGAUGGCAAUGCUGGACAAAACUUGGAGAACGAGACAGAAGUUCAGAAACCGGUCAGCACGAAGCAGCAAAACUUUGGUUCUAAACCAAUUGGGCAGACAGACGCAUCUCUGCCAAAAGCAGUGAAGAAGUUUCAAUUGCCGAUGAAGGAAACCUGUGUGGGGUGUCAGAAGACUGUGUACCCGAUGGAAAGGCUCUUUGCCAACCAGCAGGUGUUUCACAUCAGCUGUUUCCGCUGCUCCUAUUGCAACAGUAAACUCAGUCUUGGGACAUAUGCAUCUCUGCGAGGAAAUAUUUAUUGCAAGCCUCACUUCAAUCAGCUCUUUAAAUCUAAAGGCAAUUACGAUGAAGGCUUUGGACACAAACAGCACAAGGAAUUAUGGACAGGCAAAACUGAAUGUGAAGAAUCCCCAGAGAAAACUGCCCAUGAUGUAAAUGCAGCAGAAAGUCCACAAAGCCCAGGAGUAGAGGAUGCUCCAAUUGCAAAAGUAGGAGUUCUGGCAGCAAGUAUGGAAGCAAAGGCUUCAGCUUUACCUGAAAGAGAAGAGAGACCGGCAGAAACAAAAAAGCUCAGGAUUGCCUGGCCGCCUCCAUCUGACCAAAGUACCCAAGGAAGUGCCUUGGAUGAGGGCAUCAAAGUAUUGAAACCCAAAUGGCCUCCGGAAGAAGAGACUUCCAAGACAGAUCCGCAGGAGGAUGUGGAUCUGGAUCUCAAAAAGCUAAGAAGAUCUUCCUCGCUGAAGGAAAGAAGUCGUCCCUUCACAGUAGCAGCCUCAUUUAGAACAAUAUCUGUUAAAGGCCAUAAAGCAGAGAAUUCAUCUUCUAAGGCAGAGAGAGAUGUGUUGAAAAGAAGUGAGGAACUGGAGAGAGAGGCUGUGGUAGAUAAAAAGCAAAAGGAAAGGAAGUCUGAGAAUAGGAACUUCCAAAGUGCUGAAGAGAAGAAUGUAGAGGAAGAACAGGAAUCAUCUGGUAGCAAAACAGUAGAGCACAGCUUUGUAGAAAAUGGCCAGGUAAAUGCCGAGACAGACGAGGAAGAACACGCUAUGGAAGAGCAGGAGAUGCCAAAUGAAGAAUUCCUUGAACCAAAUUCUCCUAAACAUUCCAGCGUAGCCGAUGUUGUGACUGCUAAGGAGUUGUCUCCUAACCAGAAUCGCAAAUCCCAGGAUGUUGGUUUCUGGGAGGGUGAAGAUAUGGAAGAUCUGUCUGUGGAAGAACAGAUCAAAAGGAAUCGUUACUAUGAAGAAGAUGAUGAAGAAUAAAUUGGCCUUUUACUAGAAAACUUGCUGCAAGGUGCUUGGCCUUUUUGAAUUGGUGUUUUUAGCUUUAACAAACAUCUGUCCUCCAUGAAAGCGAUGCUAUACUGCACAUCGACAGUAAGGGAAUCCAACAAAUUAUCUCAACUGGAACCACACUCUGGACACCUGCAAAGAGUCUAUUUAGGUGCAUGGGAAGGAGUAUCUGGCUGUGGGAUGGCUUCAACCUCUGUCCACAGCACGAGAGCAGAGCUGCUCUCUGCUCCUGCUGUCUUAUCCUUUUUGAGCUUCGAUAUGUACUUCACUAAUCAUUUAUGGAAUCCCACUGUGGUCUCAGCGGUGGUGUGAAACACACAGCCUUCCUGUGAAACACUACUUGACCACUACAAAUGCUACUGCAGAGCUUAGGGACCAAUAUCAAAGGGACUUUCUGGCCUGCUUUAAAAAUGGUGACUUAAUGCACUUUAAUACAUGUAAAGGGCACAACUGGGAUUUUUUGGUUUUUUUUAGUAAUGAAAACAUUUGUGUGCUUACUAUCCAACAACUGUGGCAUCUUAAAACUGAGUGCAAUGUGAUUUUUUUUUUGCUUUCUCAAAACUGCCUGUGAUAAAUUAAAAACUCCCUCCUCUCUUUAUUUUGUGCACCCGGAGCAGUGUGCCCAUUGCUGGAACACAGGUAUUUUAGUGCUUACCCAGAAGCUGUGCUAAGUAAGAGAUCUCUGGGAGGACAAGUCAACAGUUUCACAGUAGCCUGCAGGACAUUACUUCUGCAUUCCAGAUGCAUUUGAAGUGGGGUUUUGCUUUGUUUUGUUUUUUUUUACUUGAAGCUCAUCAUUAAUUUUAAACUGCAAACAAUAUUUUUAAGGCCCUUUGAUGACUUUGAAAUCCCACUUGUACCAAGCUGCCAUAAAUCUUUUCAUUAUGGCUAUGAAAUUGUUGCAUUGCAAAAUAUCUCUGGAAUAAAACCACGUGAACAGUGAAACUUUGAUUGCUCACAUUGAAGCUUUGUACCUUUUUAAACUUGAUUUCAUGUAUUUUACAAAUAAUGCAAUCUUGAACAGGGGAAGGAGGAUGCCCUUUUGUAUUAGCUUUUCUUUGUACUGUAUUCCCAUAAGAAUUAGCUCUUAAGUGUACUUGAGGUGUAAAAUAUUCUGCUUUCUUAACACUCCUACUAAAUGCAAAACCUUCAAUAAAGUUUG